GUCGGGCGGUGCCGCGCCGGCGCAGUGUAUUCUUCCGCAAGCGCGGGAGUCUUGGUUUGCGUGGAUCGCUGCACUCACUGAGGUGUUUUUCUGGGCGCGUUCGGCCUUUCGUGGUGGGAUGGCUGUCGGAGAGGAGGCAGAGGGCGGCCGCAGCAGAAGGGUUGACGUCACCCCGGAAUGCCUGUAGGAGGGGUUCAAGCGUCCUCAGGGUUUCGGUGCCUUCGUUUUCCUCCGUCACAGUCGCCGGGCCUGUGGAAAGCAUGAGCUCGGCCCGGGACUCCGCUUUCGAGAAGCAGCAUCUCUGGAUGUACCUGCAGGCGCUGGGUUUGGAUCCGAGUUCCAGCUUCACGUUCGGCGGGAAGAUGGUGCUGCACGCGCACCUCGGAGAGAACAUGUUUGACAAACUGAACCGUGAUGCCUUUCAUAUAGUUUCUUAUUUUCUGUUUAAAACAUUGGAUGAGUCUCUUGCCAAAGAAGUUUUCAGAGAUUGCUGGCCUCCAUUUGACCAAAAACGUGAUGUGGAAUUCCGGAAACAUUGCUGUGAAUGGUUAAAAGAGAUUUCUGCUGAAUGUGGGAGUAGUUUUCCUCAAGUUGUUGGCUCAUUGCUUAUAUCUCCUGGUGGUCCUAAGUUUAUUCAUCUGAUGUAUCAAUUUGCAAGAUAUGUUGCAAUCAAAUAUAUUAAAACAAGAUCUAACAAUUCUCUACAUUUUGCAGAAACAUUUAAUGCAAAACCACAAGAUAUGCACAAGUGCCUUGCCAGAAGCCAUGUAGCACGUAACAGAUUUUUACAGAUUUUGCAAAGAGAACAUUAUGUUAUCCAAAAAUACCAGGAUAAUGCACAUCUAUCUGUUAAGCAAGUACGGAAUGCAAGAUCAGAGUGCAUGGGUCUACAGAACCAAAUUAAAAGAAUGGAGCCGUAUGAUGACAAGAGUAAUCUACAAGAGAAGAUUCAAAAGGUUCGGUCUUUGUGGGUGUCAGUGAAUGAGACACUCAUGGUUGUGGAAAAGGAGAGAGAAGUUAUUAGUUCACUGUUCGGCUUUGUAAACCAGUAUGCUUUGGAUGGAGCUCAUGUUGCUGUUAAUAUUCCAAGGCUCUUACUUGACAGACUUGAGGAGCAGAUGUGUCAGUUGCAGAUAGGAAAUGUUUAUGAGGCUGGAAAAUUGAACCUCGUAACAAUUAUUCAGUUGCUAAAUGAAGUCUUGAAAAUAAUGAAAUAUGAACAUUGUAAGGCUGGCCAAGCAAGAUUGACAAUAGACCUCCACUACCUUGAAAAAGAAACCAAAUUUCAGAGGGAAAGAUUAUCAGAUAUGAAGCAUAUGAGGCAUAAAGUAAAAGAGAAUGUCACUGCAAUAAGACAGUCUAUUGUUGAGAAGGAAGGAAGGUGGCAUAUGAAGUGGAAAGACUUUCUUGGCGUGUCUCCUUUCAGACUGACUAAAGGCGGGCCUGCAGCUGUGGAUCUCUUGCCUCCCAUGUCUCCCCUUUCGUUUGAUCCUGUGUCAGAGGAAGUAUAUGCAAAGAGUAUACUUUUAAAGUAUCCUGCUUCACUUCCAGAUUCACAUAAAGAACCUAAACAACAAAGUGGUAGCAGAAGAGAAGUACAUACCCCGGGAAGUGUGUGUGAUGGAGCUAACAGCUCUGUGCCUUUUCCCUUACAGUGUACCUCAUCCUCAGAUACAAACAGUUUCACACUCCUUGAGAAGGAUCCAAAUGUGAGAACUCCCACAGAGAAAAACAUGACUUCUAAGAAAAUAGCUGACUCUGAUGUGGAAGACUCUGCUUUAUCAGAUAUUGCAAAGAAUACACAACAUAGUGUAUUCAGAGGGUCUCUGCCGGUGAAAAAGAGUGAUCCAUUCCAGAAAGAGCAAGAUCGUCUGGUAGACGAGGUUGCCAGAGUAGUUCUAUCUGAUUCACCACAGCUCUCUGAAGGAAAAGAAGUAGAAUUGGAGUACUUAAUUGACACUUUAAUUUCUGAUCCUUUCUUAACCAGGAAACAAAUUCCCCGGACUCCAGAAAACUUGAAAGCUGAUAUUAGGAGCUCAUGGAGAAAAGCUGUCGAAACUGAAGAUAACAGAAGUUCAGGUGUGAUUCUAGUGGAUGCCAAAGCUAGAGAAAUGUCCUCAGAGUCUUCACCUAUGCUGCAUAGUCAGAGGGAAUUUAGUCUGGCGAUUUUUUCCCCAGAUUUUGAUCGGUCUUAUCUACCUGAAGAGAAAGCUGUACCAGAUCAGCUUAAAGGUGUACCUCAGAAACAUUUGGUAACAAGUCAGAUCAGUGAACCUCCAACAGAAGAUGUGUCAGACUUGAAGAAUAAGAAAAUGAUUUGUAAGCAAGAUUUAGAAUGUGCAACCACCAUGCUUCCAGGAACUAGACAGAAGGAGGCAUUCUCCUCUGUUGUGGGCAGUGGGAUAGAUGUGAUGGGUAGAAGUAAAGAGGACUGUGUUCCAAUACUGGACCACUCACAAGCUUCUUGCAGUGAACCUUCCACACAUAAAACUCUGUUAUGGGAUUCUUUUCAGAGGUUGAGUGGCAUUGGCAUAUUACAUGAAACUCUUCCAGAAGAAGUCGGUCGCCUAAGUCUUAAUAGUUCUACUAGUUCAGAGACUGCUUUUAAACUAGAACCAAGGAGUUAUGUGCACAGUGAUGCUUCUCCAGAUGAUGUGGGAAAAGGAUUAGAUUCCAAUUUACAGGCUCUUCUCACUAGUUAUGAGGCUCUGAAGAAAUCUCUUAGCAAAAUCAGGAAAGAAUCUCACCUGUCUAAUCCCAGGACACUUGAACAACACAAAGCAGAAUUGAGCCCUGUAGUCAAAGAUGUGCAAGCAGAUGACACUUUUUGGGACAGUCGAGAUUUGUUUAUGGACUCCACAAAGCCAUCUUCCCACAUGUCAUUUGAUGAAGAAACACAGACUGUAUCACCUCUAACUAAAGCUUUUCUGGUGGAGCAAAAAUUGAGGACCACGUUACCAUGUAGCCUUGGGGAAUUUCUGCCUAAUUUAAAAGAAGAAGAAAUCUCAAGUAAGAGGUGUGAAGCAAGAGAUUCUCUGACUUGACAAGAUGAAGCAUUUUCAAGUUCAUUUGCUGUGAUGCACUUACCCUGAAGUCUUGUGCCUGAACUGCAGCUGAUGGACAUACAUUGGAAGUGAAUUCUCUUUCCAGCUUCAAAGGAGUUCUGAAUGUACUUUGGCUUCUUAUAAUGUGCUUAGGUCUUUUUUUUUUUUUUCAUAAAUAUUAUGAGUUUGAAAUAUGAAGUACUUAACAGAAAAUGUCAAAUUUUAGAAAACAGUUUUGAUUCCUAGAAUAAUCUUAUAAUCAAAUGACAAAUAUAGUUAUUAUGUUAAAAAUAUCAGUCAUUAACAUAAGGGUUAGUGCCCAAUCUAAUAGUGAAUGAAUAACCAUAUCUUUCAUUUUAGAGAAAUAAACCAAUUUAUUGGAUCUUGAUGGACUAUUCUGGUAUUAACACAAAAUGAACAAAGUGUAGUGCCUUUACCUUUGGAAGGAUGUAUAGUCAAAGCAGUACACCUUAACGUUUGUAAAAAUGUAAACAGGCUUAAUGAAUUCUAAGUAUAUUGCUCCUGCAGAGUGAUGUUGAUGGGAUGAAAUGUAUGUGGUUGGUGAAGACAAGAUUGAAGUGAAUUGAGGAAAAUGGGGAAAUGUAGAGAUGGCCAGACAUUUAAAGAACACUGUCAAACUAUUGUGUGUACUUUAGACUGAGAAUUUAAUUCUAUUUAUAUUUAACAAGAAUAUAAAUGCAAAAUUUACAAAUUUGUCUUACAGUUGUGGUCUGUGGGUGGUAUGGUGGGUGUUGUUUUGGGAAAAGUAGGUAACAAGCUUGUGUUACCUACUGAUCAAAAACAUUAAAGUUCCCUAGUGCCUACAGAAUAUCUCAAAAUAAUUUGAGAAAGUUGAACAUGGAUUUAAGUAACUAGUAACAUUUAUACGUUUUGCCUUAUUGUCAGGGGUCUUGUUUAUAUCAUUCAAGGAAUAAAUACAUGUGCUUGAAUAAGCCUGACUAGAAGAGGUGCUAAAAGGUUGAUUUAUUAUCUCCUAUUCUGUGUAGAGCCUCCGUUUGAAACUAUCAAAAUCUUGUCCCUAGGUCUUAAGAAAAUAAGAGAAGAGAAAGGUAGAUAGAUGGGCUGAGUGUCAGAAGGACUGUCUAAAAGCUGCUUGACAGAGGUUAGAGGACACGUUCCUGAGGGCUCUGGGUUCCUUCACAAGUGCAGCAGAGCAAGGACUAUUCAGGUGUACUGGGAAAUCAUUUGUCUACUUUACAGACAGCUUGGUACCUAAAUUCUAAGUAGCAUGUUAGGGAAGAGGAAGGAUGGACUAACAGAGGAACCUCUGGCAUGCCUUUAAAACUAUUAAGUGUUUAAUAUACAUGAUUGCAUUUAACCUUUGUAAUUGAGAUAGGAGGCAAACCUAGCCUGCAGAUACAGACCUAGAUACAAGCUAGAGAUGAAAUGACGAGCAGGAGGCAGGGACCAACUGUAUUAGGAUCAUCUGAGAUGCCAGUUUAAAAAUGCUCAUUUAGAAAGGGUCUAGAAAUCUCAACUCAAAUAUGCUUCCCCGUGUCAACUCACAAGUUCAGCAGUUUGCUGCCAAGAUGCUGGGAUUCAUAUUUAGUCCCUAGGUGUCUUUAGGAAUUGGCACACUAUUGUAUGUAUAUUGCUCUAGAAGCCCUUCAUUAUGAGAGUCAAAAGAUCAAGUAUCUGGAUAUUUUGGGUUUAUAAGAGUCACUAAAAUUUACCUAUGGUCAGCUGAGGAUUCCUGAAAUUAUUAUUUCCUGUUUCAGUAUCAUGAACAAAUCUCCAAUUGGUCACUUCUCCAAAACUGACUGUAACUGCUCUCAGUGCCUUCCCAUACAGUAUCUCCUGCAGUUCCCUUUGACGCUUAGGAACUACUUUGAUCAUGUCAGGCCCUUGCUGAAGAGCCCGUUGAUGAUUCAUUGUAAUUAUAGAACAGGGUUUUGGUAUGAAGAUAGCUCCCCUCCUCAGACUUCUUCCCUCUCCUGCUGGGAUCUUUUACAGUGCUUACCUUGUCCUUCUAGCUCACCUCAGUUCUUUGUUAGUUUGAAGACCUUUAAUUAUAUCAGUUAGGAAUUCUAAAAAUUUAUUUAUUUUCAUGUGUAGGAUUUUUAAAAUUUUUUUUUUUUUCAUAUGUGUGGAUGUUUGCCAACAGGCCUCUUUGGUGCCUGGUGCUCCCUGAGGAGUCAGAUCCUCUGGGACUAGAGUUACAGACUGGUGCUAGGACUCGAUCCUGGGUUAUAGGAUGAGCAGCCACUAAGGCAUCUCUUCAGCCAGUUAUAGUUCCUUUAAAAUUCAGAAUAGCACUUUAAUCCUUUAAUUAAACACCUUUGAUCCAAGCACUUGGGGAGACAGGUGGGUCUUAGAGUCUAGUCUACAAAGUAGUUCUAGGACAGCCAGGGCUACAUAGUGAGACCCUGUCUGUAAAACAAAUAAAAACUGAAGGCUCAGAUAAAUCACAUUUUCUACCUUAAUGUCUUAAUUUGCCUUCCCUACAUCCAUGGAUCCCUAGAUCCAUCUUUUCUGAAGUAUAUAGUAUAACUGUUUUGUGUGUGUGGGAGGGGUAGUGGUGGGGAGACAGGAAUCUAUUUUUGUUCAGGUUAGUUUCAGCUCACAGCCGUCUUCUGCCUCAGUCUCCCAAGUGUUGGAACUACAGAUGUUUACCUAGCUUUUACUUAAUGUCUUUAUUAGACAUCUCCCUGCUAUUUUAUGUAUUGAUUUCUGAUCCCAGCUGUAUAAAUACCUUCUUACCUAUGUAGAUGUCUGUAGGAUACCCAUGUUGCCGAGCAUGAAAAAUGCUACCAAGUAAGAUAAAGAAUAGUUCAAGUUAAAGAACACUUGGGGGGCAGGGAUUAAGCUUAACAAAAUACUAAACAGGCAUUUUGAAACCUUUACAAUAUUUUUCUUGGUUAUAAGGUAUACCAAUUUUAUCUAGAGUGUAAACAGGAAUUCUUGAGACCUGUAUAAAAGCAAACUAUUUUUCCCCUAGUGUACUAAAAGAAAAUGUGUUUCAAAACAUUUCAUUUAAUGUAUGAAGACAGUGUAUAGAUCAGAUGCCUGGUUGCUCUAAAGAGCACUCACCUUUUAUGCACUGAGAGCUGGUAAGUUUAUGUUGUGGAAAAUGUCUGUUCUAAGGAAUGUUCAACAUACUGCUGUCUAGAAUAAAUAUUCAGUGUUUUACCA